GUCACGUGACUUUUGGUUGGGAGCCACCAUUUUGGCAGUCAACAUGACCACCGGUGCCAGUGUUUUCUUACCGAGCGAGUAUACUUCUCAUUUUAAUUCAAGUGAAAUUCGGCUUUAUAGUACAAAAUUAGAGAGAUUAAAUAUAAGCGACCCAUAUAAUUCACCCGGUGUGCUUUUCAAGAGCAUAACCUCCUGCUCUGAAGACGAUGUACCCGACUUGCGCUACGCAGACAUCCACAGCUAUCUUGUAAGCUUUCCAUCAGUGUACUCAGGAGACUCCCUCAGAGCGUACAAAAGCUUGGAGGCUUACAAAUGGUGUCAGUCCGGCUUCGUAAACAACAUUCAACUGUGGAGUCUUACAUCCAAAAACUUCGGCAUCAUCACUGCAAGGGUUAAUCACUCCCAAAGGCUUAAUGAAAGUCAACUAAAGCCAUGGGUGGUGGUGAGGAACGACGGUGUUGUGCUGGGAGCCCACUGCAACUGCACAGCGGGACUCGGGGAGAGCUGCUCUCAUGUGUCAGCUGUUCUCUUCAGUCUGUGGGGAAAAAACAACGCAAGGCACGAGGAGAUCAGCUGCACAUCCAAAAAAUGCAAGUGGGCCUCUCCCAGUGAGGAUGCUGCGAAGAAUGUGGAGUACCUGCAGGGCAAGGACAUCAUAUUCAACCAUACUCAACAAAAUAAAAAGGGGAAUUCCACCAAGGGUACCUCUGCGCCCCCAUCUUUCCCACCCCUGACUGCUGCUGAGCAAACACAGUUCUACCAAAAUCUCUCACAGUGCCGGACUCAAGAUGGGAAGUCCUGCAGACCUGCAGUCCUGUCAGUUGUUCGCGGGUACGCCACAUCCUAUGUACCCAAGGCUGUCAAGCUAGAUUUACCUGAACCCCUUACCAGUCUGUAUGACAAGAAGGCAAGAGACCUGAACCUGGCUGAAUUACAAGAGCGUGCAGAAGGAAUAUUUGAGGACUUGACUGUCAGUGAGACAGUGAGAAAAGAAGUCACAAGAAACAAACUCUUUCACCAGAAACCCCCUGUCUGCCAAAACAACAUCCCCUGGGAGAAUAUUAGCCCUUAGAGCUUGGCAUUCUUGCUCAAGACUCUGGAUGCGGGUACAGCAGGUUUCAGAGGUGCAUGGUGGUGUUACUGGUUCAGGCUGGACAGGAUCAUCGGCUGAGUCUUCCAACGGAUCUGUGAUGGGGGGCUCCUUCAAAGGCUCUGUGAUAUGGUCUUCUGGGGCUGCAUCAGUUGAUGUCCUGAUGAAAACACAGAAGCAGCAAAAUAAGCUUUCAUGCAUACAAUACUGAUGGCAGUUUGACAUGUUUACAUGUUUACAGUUUGACAUGUUUAAUGGAAAUCAUAUGAUAUUAGCCUUCAUUAAAUGACUGGUGUGACGUUAUUGUUUAUAACCAUAUCACGGCAGUUAACUAUUUGAAAUAAAAUAAUCUGAAUAACACACCGAUCACAAGUAGACCCAACAUGUAAUCAGACAGGAGUUUGAUCUACCCACCUUUGACGGAUGGCUUCUGCAGAUAUCUUUGCCUGCUCUACUUUGUGCAGUUUAGCCUUCUGCCUUCUGUUAAAAACCUCCAGUCUCGUUUUAUGUCUCCUCUUCUCUGGAGAUGGAAGGUAAUCGAAAAUUGAGGGGAUAAAAUCCGGACUCAACGGAUUAUCACUCUUUCUCCCUACAAAAUAAGAAGGAAUAUUUCAACACGGGUUUGUUUACCACUAGCUUGCUACAAGCUAACUUGCUAACUGGCUAGGCUGCGCCAGAGCCACACUUGUUGAGUUAAAAAGGGACAUCACAGUGUCCGUUAGCUAUAAUAACUGGGUGCUACUUCUUAAAUUAAACUAAUUAAAUUUAAUUAAACUGACCAGAAACUUUUUGUAGCAUUGUACUGUAUUCCUUCACCCACCUGAUAUGAAGUGAUCACUGCAUAAGCGAAAGCCAACGGCCGGGGGGUCCCAUCUUUCAGUCUUUUUCUGAAGGCUCCUGGCUCUUUUAAUCGCUCCAAUCCACUUCUCCCUCCUCUCCGCGUCUUUAGGAAUGCGAUAAUACGAUACACCUUUCUUUUUCCCACGCCUAUUUGUGCAACCUGGUGCACAGCAGUUAUCCACCAUCCUUGACAGUCUGCCAGUGCCUGUCAAUUUACUGCCGCGAUGACUGCCAAAAUGGCUGCCCCUGUCGUAUCUCGUCACGUGACCAGCAUAUAUGACAUCAUCUGCAGGAGCUCU